GGCGCGCUCCACGCUCAGCGUCCCGCCCCUGACGCGCCGCGCGGUGCGACGCGGCCUGCGCCCGGCGAUCGGGUUGCCCGGCGCUGCCGGCCGGUGCGGGCGGGAUGGGCCGCGGGCGCCCGGGCGGCCCGCGCGACGCCGCCGUGCAGGGCACCGGCGGCAGCAGCGCCAUCAGCAAGUGCUCGGCGGCGGAGCGGGGCUACUUCGAGGACCGGUUCCUGCGGCUCCUGGCGGGGCGGCGGCGGCGGCGCGCGCCGCUUGUCCACCGGGGUUAUUAUAUCCGUGCCCGUGCUGUAGAUCACUGUGUUCAAGACUUUCUGCUAAAGACCCAAAGUUAUCCUAGGACACAGAUCCUGUCUUUAGGUGCUGGCUUGGACUCCUUGUACUUCCGUUUGAAAGACAUGGGUCUUCUGCAUCACACUGUGAUGUAUGAGGUGGAUUUCCCAAAUGUGGCACGCCAAAAAGCUACACUGAUCAAAACAACAAAAGAGUUGUCAGCACUUGUGGGAGAUACUGAAGGGGAGCGAUUAGGAGUCACUACUGCCUUUUCUGGAGAAGAUUAUAAAUUACUGGAGGUGGAUUUAUCAGAGUUGUCUAAGCUGAGUACAGCCCUAAAAGAAGCAGGACUGGACAAUGAAGUCCCCACCCUUUUCAUAGCAGAGGUGGUGCUCACCUAUCUGGAAAACAGCAGGUCAGAUGCCUUGAUUCAGUGGGCAGCAGAGCAUUUCUCUCAGGCAUGCUUUCUGCUGUAUGAGCAGAUGCACCCUGAGGACUCCUUUGGACGUGUCAUGCAGCAGCAUUUUAGCCAGCUGAACUCUGCACUUCAUUCUUUGUCACAAUACCCUGAUUGUGAGGCUCAGCAGAGGCGCUUUUUUGAAAAAGGCUGGACUGAGUGCAGUGUCAUGGAUAUGAAUGAGUUUUUCACCUGUUGUAUUCCAGAAAAUGAACAACAAAGAGUGCAGUCUCUGGAGCCUUUUGAUGAAUAUGAGGAAUGGCAUCUGAAAUGUUCUCAUUACUUUGUCUUGACUGCAUCAAAGGGGAUGGAACCUUCCUGGACUCCAUUGUUAUCCAGUAUGACAGUUCCUCAUCAUCAUGGUCCUGUCAGGAUAGUUGGGAGUAUCAAUGCAUUGGCGUGUGAAGUGCGCUCUGAAGCUUCUGGCUUGAGACGUUAUGGUCACCACUCUGCUCUUAUCACACCCAAUGUAAUUCUGACCACUGGAGGCUUUGGGGAGGAGAAUGGACAGCACUGUCGUAUGAGAAAUUUUCAUGUGCUAAUUAAGCAUGCAGGCUACUGGAAGGCUGGAUGUGUGAAAAAGGAAAAUCAUGAUAAAAGAUGGGACGAGCGAUUGUACCAUACUGUGUCAUGUCUCUCAAGUAGCCUGGCCCUGGUGGUAGGAGGACGAACAUCCCCAAAUGCAGCUUUGGGAAUGCUGUGGCUAAAGUUUCCCAAAACCUGUAACGACUCGGAUCCAAAUGACAUUACAGUGGAGCUUGUAAGUCUGCAGCCUGCUGCUGAACCAUUUGCUUUGCGCUGGAGACACAGUACAACUGAAGUAAUAUUCAAAGGUGAGAAGUACCUCUUUAUAUACGGAGGCCGCUCUGCUGUGCAGCCAGUGCUAGGAGAUUGGUAUUUCCUGCACACUCCAGAAAUUUCCUGCACUGUGAUUCCUGUUGAGGGUCCAGUACCAGAAGGCCGUCACUCUCACAGUGCCUGUAGCUGGAAAGGAGGAGUGCUAAUUGCAGGAGGUCUGGGAGCAGCUGAGCAGCCCUUAGGUUCAGUUUUCUUUCUGAGGGAGGCUGAGCACGGCUUUCAGUGGCAGACAGUAGAGACACACCCUCCUCUCAUCCCAAGGUAUUCACAUACUGCUCACGUGCAUGAUGGAAAACUACUGCUUGUUGGUGGAGUGUGGCUUCACUCAUUCUCUGUGCCAGGCAUCACUGUCAUUGACUUAAUAACUGGUCUCUGCUUGGACUACACAAUUAGUGUGGAGCAUUUGGAGUGGCCAUUAAUGCUGCAUAAUCAUAGUAGUGUUUUUCUGCCAAAUGAAAAGGAGUUGUUGCUUAUUGGUGGUGGUGGGAACUGCUUCUCCUUUGGGACACACCUGAACCCAAAGCCCGUCUCAUUGAGCCUCAGAAAUAUUUUGACCAGACACUAAUUGGGACCAAACAGGACCGAACUGUGCCACUGCACCAUGGGAGAUGAUGAUUUGAAACCUGCCCGGAAGAAAUGCUUGCUGUUUACAGUUCAGACUGUAAAGCUGCUUGUCUUCCUGAGAACAGCUGCAUGCACAUGGCAUCACAGGCUGUGAAGGCUCAGGCAAGGAUCUCUCUGUGCAAGAGAGAUCUCUCCGAUUAUAAGGGGGACUAAGGGCCUCUCCAUGCAGUCUCUGGGAAAGCCAUCAUCUACUAGAAGAAAGCCCUAGGGGGGACUUCUCAGAGGUAAGAAGCCUUCAACUUAUGGGGACCCCUAACUCAUGUGUCGAGCAUGUGAGACAAACAUCCAUGGCACAAAGAUCGUAGAUGACUUCCCAGAGGUAAGCAGCUUUCCCUUUGUUCCCCUGUCCUCUCAGGAGCCCUCCUUACUCUCUUUGCACAUGCUCGAGGCCCACAACACUCGUUUUCUCCUCUAUUUAGCAUUUCUAGUCCCUGCCUUACCUGCUCUCAACCCUCCCUCUUCCCAAAGAACCUGUGUGCUCUGCUCAGGUCCCUCCUGAGGUUCUGUAGGUCUUUUAAAUACCACUAUUUUUUCUCCUGUGCCCUUUGAGGGUAUCUGUACCCUUUUCAGACCUUGAUUUUUUUUUAUUAUUAUUAUUUAUUUUUUGACCCAGCUGUGUAACCUUUUGUUUUCAGAUAGCCUACUCAAGUACCUGAUUUCUCCUGUGAGUCAUGUUAUUACAUUGAAUUGAUUUUUUUUUGGUGUGUAAUCUGUUACCCUCCUAGAUUAUCUCCUAGUUUAUUGUCUUUUUGAUAUUAAAAGUUGAAGCAAAAGCAUAUGAAUUAUUGCUUCCAGUAACACUGCAAGCUGUUGAUCUAAGGCAGAUAUUUAACACAGAGGCUGCUCCUCCUGCUCUCUCUCCCUUCCCGUGCUUUGCUCUUCCCCUUUUCCAGGCUAUUGGGGCAGGGUGCUGGGUAGUGCCUAAUGGCCUAAUGGUAUACGAGCCACAGGCAUCCCAUCAGAGAGCUCAUCCUGCCCGAGCUGCUUUUUGGGGUAAGUGAGUUGAUUUUCUUUCAGUCAGUUGCAGGUUUUUUUUUUUAGGUAGGUCAGAGUCUAUAGGCUGAUGCAUUUCAAUGUUGAGAGAGUUAAGCAUAUCUUUUUGAGGUAGCAACUAGCAGGAUCAUUUAGAGUAAAGCCAUCUAUACAGUAGGAGGUGCCUUUAUUGCGUACCGCCCCAACAAAGGGGCAACCUCUGCCCUAAGUUGUGUAAACGCAUAAAGCGGUGUGUGUUGUUGUUUUUCUGUUUAAGCUUGAACAGCAGUGCUGCUCUGGCAAGCCAUGCCUGCUGCUCUGAUUCCAUGCACGUGCGUAGCUAACUGAGGAGCAAGAGCCGAGCAAUGCUGUAGGGCUGGCACUGCAUGCCCUGGCCGUGGCAACAUAGCAGUGCCCUUCUCUGGAGCAGGAGCUGUGCCAGGCUCUGCUCAGGACGGGAUGGCGAGGCACGGUGCCACACUGAGGUUGGUGGUCAGGGCUGCCCCAUGAUGAUGUGCGGGGCAAGGCGGUCAGGUGGUCAGGGCGCUGCGGUCAGUGGCUUCUGGGGAAACAGCCGUUGUGCGAGGCUGGGGGUGCGCUGGAGCAGACCCUACCGGCGGGGGGGGGAGGAGAGUCUCUGCUGUGCUGGGCUUUGGGGGUCUGGGGAUGAGGGGGGACGAGCAUUGAGAGAUGGCAGGGGGGAUGUGGGAAGAGCUGCAAGAGGCGGUGGGAGUGUGUGUGUGUGUGGUGGAGUCCCCUCUUGGGUUGGAUGGACUGAUUUAAAGCAUGUUCUUGCUGAGUGAGCUUUUUGCUCGUGUUACUGAGGAAAGAAAUGGCUGUGCCACUUCACCCCUCACCCCUCUUUUUUUUUUUUUUCCCCAUUCUCCCUCUAAAUGAAAAUUUAAAAAAAUGCUAAAUGAAAAUUUUAAAAAAUGCUAAUGGUCAACAGUGACAGAAUUGGGUGACAUCUUCAAGGUAAAGGGUAAAGAAUGUGGAAAUUUCUAGUAUGUUAAUGUUACUCUGUUAACAAAAAUGAUGUACUGGCUGCUUAAUAUUUCUUUUUUUUUUGUUUUGUUUUCCUUUAAGUAUUCUCCACAAAAC